CUAACGUAAUGAUAAUUCGGCAGCAAGAAUCAAAACAAAACAAACGAUACCGUUAUCGUCCCAUCUGACGUAACUCGUCCUUUGAUUAACUCCGCGUUUCAUUCAUCGUCGUGCAUUCCUUGACCUGGUGCUCAAAUCGUCACCUGAGCUAUGGUCUAAUCAGUGUGCGUUACUCGCUCAGUGCAAUUUCGAUCGAUUUGUGAACAUUGUUAUCAGUUCGUUUAAUCUCGGUGAUCCGAUCUAUUGGAAGUCAUGCAUAAACUAAUUCGUUUUGUGAUUCUUCGACUAAGUCCCCGUCGAAUCAGUCGAGACUAUUCGUCGUCCGUUCCGCCCAGCCGCGAACAGCACCACCCAACUAUGAAGCGGGUAUGUAAGCUUCUUUUCGGCCGGUACCUCCUGCUAACCAACACCGUGAGUUCCGGGCUGCUGAUGAUGCUAGGUGACGUCGUCGCACAGGAAAUUGAGCAGCGCUUCGACGAUGUUCAGGAGAGACAGUACGACUGGCGCCGGAUAGGUUGUAUGACCCUGGUAGGUAUUUCUCAGGGUCCUAUGCACCAUUAUCUGUACCAGUGGAUGGACCGCGCCCUCCCGAAAGUGGAUAUCAGAACAGUAUUUUUGAAGAUUGGUUUGGACCAGUUGAUUAUGUCGCCAAUUUUUAUCAUCAGCUAUCUGUAUACUGCUGGAUUACUUGAAGGUAACAGUAUACGGCAAUGUACGGACGAGUUCGUAGCCAAGUAUUGGACCAUCUACGCAGCUGAUUGGAUAGUGUGGCCGCCCGUGCAGUUCAUCAACUUCUUUUGGUUAAGCCCGAAAUAUCGGGUUUUGUAUAUCAACGCAAUCACCAUGCUGUACAAUGUGUUUCUCUGCUACAUUAAACAUAACGAUAACCUACUGAUAAGGAUUUCAUCACCAAAAGACGCAAGUAGCCGGUAGGACAGAAUUGUCUCUCGGACUUUUGGCGGUUUGGAAAUGUAAGAUAUAUCAAUUUCGGGUUUCUUUAAUGUAAAUAUAUACAAAUUUAGUUAUGUUUGACGAAAA